AUGCUGUCAUUCAGGGAUGUGGCCAUCGAGUUCUCUCCAGAAGAAAGGGAAUGUCUGGAGCCUGCUCAGUGGAAUCUGUACAGGGAUGUGAUGCUGGAGAAUUACAGCCACCUUGAAUUCCUGAGCCUCGCUGUCUCUAAGCCACACCUGGUGACAUUUCUGAAGCAAAGGCACGGACCUUGGGAUGUGAAGAAACAAGCACCAGCCCCUGUGCAUCCAGGAACAACACACAGUGGUUGUAACAAUUAUAGCAAAGCUACUGAUUAUAACUCACUCCUUAUUCAACACCAGCGAAUUCAUUCAGGGAAGAAACCCUACAAGUGUGAAGAAUGUGGUAAGGCUCUUAGUUCUCGCUCAGCACUUUCCAUACACCAGAGACUUCAUACUGGAGACAAAUCCUACACCUGUAAAGAAUGUCACAAGGCUUUAAACACUUGCUCAUCACUUUUCAUACACCAGAAAAAUCAUACUGAUGAAAAAACCUACAAGUAUGAAGACUGUGGAAAAGCUUUUUACUAUCCUUCAAUGCUGAAGCAACAUCAAAGGAUUCAUUCUAGAGAGAAACCCUACAAGUGUGAGGAGUAUUGCAAAUGUUUUUCCUCUUCAGCCCUUAGAAGACAUCAAAUAAUUCACUCUGAAGACAGUCCAUAG